UGCGAGCGCAACACGAGCGACAUACCUUAAUUCAUUCUUCCUAUUUUUGUUGAAUUUUCAUUUCGAAAGUUUUAUAAUUUCAUUAAUAUUCGCAAUUAUAAAAAACAUUUUAGAAUUAAAUAAUAAAGUGAUGCAAAUAUUAACUUCUACCAAUAGAUAAAAAAGUGAAAAAAUUGCAAAGGCAAAACUCAAAAAAGUGAAAAGUAACCGCCUUUGCCGAUUCCACGCCAUUCGUUCGUUAUUGCAAACGAACGACUCGUCAUUUGUGACUUUUUGCGUUUUUGUUCUUCUGUUUACGGCUUAUUCGCCGCUCGUCCAUUUACGCAGUGUCAAAGACUAUCGGAAUUUUUUUAUUUGUCGGCUUGUUUCUGAACAAAUUGCUUUAUUAUCAUCGAGUUUUCCUGCAGGAUUAAUUAAUCAGAUUGUUUCCGCACUGACUGUUGCCGCCUUUACAAAGCUGAAUUGAUUUGUGCUGACCAGAGCGGAGGAGCCACAUACCAAAAUGUCGCGCAAAUCGCUAAAUGUACGCGUCACCACCAUGGACGCCGAGCUGGAGUUUGCCAUACAACACACGACCACCGGCAAGCAGCUCUUCGAUCAGGUCGUCAAAACGAUCGGCCUGCGCGAGGUCUGGUUCUUUGGCCUGCAGUACACCGAUUCAAAGGGUGAUUCCACAUGGAUCAAACUUUACAAAAAGCCAGAGUCGCCAGCCAUAAAAACCAUAAAGUACUUGAAACGCGUCAAGAAAUAUGUGGAUAAGAAAACAGCCGAUGGCCAUCAGAACAGCAAUGAUGUUAGCGACGAAGACGACGAUGCCGAUGACAUGACUGGAUCAAUGCCAUUCUCCACUUGGGUUUUGAACCAAGACGUGAAGAAGGAGAAUCCUCUGCAGUUCAGAUUCCGCGCCAAAUUCUACCCGGAAGACGUUGCUGAGGAGCUCAUUCAGGACAUUACGCUGCGCUUGUUCUAUUUACAAGUGAAGAAUGCCAUACUAUCCGACGAAAUCUAUUGUCCCCCAGAAACGUCCGUGUUGCUCGCUUCGUAUGCCGUUCAAGCGCGCCAUGGCGACUACAACAAGAGCAUGCACACAGCCGGCUUUUUGGCUAACGACCGCCUGUUGCCGCAACGUGUCAUCGACCAACACAAAAUGUCCAAGGACGAAUGGGAGCAGUCGAUUAUGAACUGGUGGAAGGAGCAUCGCGGCAUGUUGCGCGAGGAUGCCAUGAUGGAGUACUUGAAGAUCGCACAGGAUCUUGAGAUGUAUGGUGUGAACUACUUCGAAAUCCGCAAUAAAAAGGGCACCGACCUGUGGUUGGGCGUGGACGCGCUCGGUCUGAACAUCUAUGAGCAGGACGACAAGCUGACGCCGAAAAUCGGUUUUCCUUGGUCGGAAAUCCGUAACAUUUCAUUUUCGGAUAAGAAGUUUAUUAUCAAGCCAAUCGAUAAGAAAGCGCCCGAUUUUGUCUUCUUUGCGCCGCGUGUACGCAUCAACAAACGAAUCCUGGCCUUGUGCAUGGGCAAUCACGAACUGUACAUGAGACGUCGCAAGCCCGACACAAUUGAUGUGCAGCAGAUGAAGGCGCAAGCACGCGAGGAGAAGAAUGCCAAGCAACAAGAACGUGAGAAACUGCAGUUGGCACUAGCGGCACGCGAACGUGCUGAAAAGAAGCAGCAAGAGUAUGAGGAUCGCUUGAAGCAGAUGCAAGAAGAAAUGGAGCGCUCCCAGAAGGACUUGCUGGAAGCGCAGGAGAUGAUUCGCCGUCUCGAGGAGCAAUUGCGUCAACUGCAGGCAGCCAAGGACGAGUUGGAGCUGCGCCAGAAAGAACUGCAAGCUAUGUUGCAACGUCUUGAGGAGGCAAAGAAUAUGGAAGCAGCUGAGAAAGCCAAGCUGGAGGAGGAGAUCAUGACCAAACAAAUGGAAGUACAACGCAUUCAGGACGAGGUGAACGCCAAGGACGAAGAGACUAAACGUCUGCAAGACGAAGUGGAGGAAGCUAGACGCAAGCAGGUAAGAAAACUGGAAACAAAUUUGCCUAUUGCCUUCGUACAAAAGACUAACUAUAUUUUGCGUAUGCAGGCGGAAGCUGCUGCAGCGCUUUUGGCCGCGUCAACCACACCUCAACAUCAUCAUGUAGCCGAGGAUGAAAAUGAGAAUGAGGAGGAGCUGACGAAUGGUGACGGUGGCGGUGAUGUUUCACGCGAUCUGGAUACAGAUGAACAUAUCAAGGAUCCCAUCGAGGACAGACGCACACUGGCCGAGCGCAACGAGCGCCUGCAUGAUCAAUUGAAGGCUCUGAAACAAGACUUGGCACAAUCACGCGACGAAACGAAAGAAACGCAAAAUGAUAAGAUCCAUCGGGAAAACGUGCGUCAAGGUCGCGACAAGUACAAGACAUUGCGCGAAAUACGUAAGGGCAACACAAAGCGUCGCGUGGAUCAAUUUGAAAAUAUGUAAAUUGGAGAGUGGCAGCUUGGUGCGCACUGGCCGAGGAUGACUGGUAUCACUAUGACGCCAGUCCUUUGUAUAGAACAACAAGAUCAACAGAAGCGGCUAUAUCAACAAUAAAACAACAACAAUUACCAGCAAGCAAUCAACCAACUAACAAAAAACACCUCCGCUCGAUCGGCGACCUUCAAGUCGAUCGUUAUUUAAAUGAAAGAAUUACUAUUUACGAAUUAAGAAUUGAAAUUUGAUACACUUUUGAUAAGAUAAAGUCUUCGAUGUCGCAAAGUAGAUAAAACCCUAAAGAAAAACAAAAAAAAAAAUCAUAAACGCUUACAAAUCAAAUUCGUAGAAACAAUCAAAUGCAUUUUCUUUUCUUUUUGAAUAUAAAGUAAAUCUAAUGACAAAUGACAAACGUAAGAAAAAGAAAGAUUGCUGUUCCUCCUAAAAGUUAACGAUUUCGUUGUAAAGUCGUUUACAUUUUUGUUUUUGCCUUUUAUUCAUUUUUUAAUCUAAUUUGCGAAAUAUUCCUGUGCUUUUAGCAUUUAUUUAAAAUCUUUUAAGUAUUUAAACUUAAACUGAAAGUUUGCGAGUAUUUUUGAAAUCAUACUGAAAAUAUUUUUCCCGAGCGAUACUAAAAUGUCAAUUGUUUUUUCUCCCUUUUAGUCACUUAAAAUCGCCAAAAUGAAAAACGUAAAUCCAGGCAUUUCUUGAAUCGUUCCGUCUUAAUUAUUUUAUUAUUGAGUACCAACUUUAUAUAUACACACAGAUAUAUAUAUAAAUUGUAUUUUUUUUUGUUUUUUUGAGAAAAACUUUUAAAUGAUAUAAUAAAAGAUAAUUUAAGGCAUAGUUGUUCUAUAUAUAUAAUUAUUACACAUUAUUAUUAAAUAACAGUACUAUUAAUUUGAAAGGAUAAAUAUAAAUGGAAGUCGAAUCAUUCAAGCAAGAGAAAAGAGCAACGCAACGGGAAUCCAUUUACACAAAAAUUGUUAUUAUUACUUGGCAAAAUAAUUAUAUUAUACAUAAUAUAAUAAAAUAAAAAUAAACCAUUGUAUUAUUAGAAGAAGUUGGAAGAAACGUAAAGUAAAUAACUUAAAGUUUUGAGUAAAGGGAGAUGGGAUUUCGAAAAACUUCAAUAUAUUAUUUUAAGUCGGACGUCGGCUGCAAUUAGCAUCAUUAUUUUUACAUUUGUUUUAAGAGAAAUAAGUACCACCACCAAUGGAAUGGAAGAAUACAUUAAAAGUGUUGUUGGUGAAGUUGAAAACCAUUCACAUUUGUUAUUGUGGAAGUAUCGAGCGUUAUGCUAGGGAUUUUCGCUACUGGAGUUGGCUUGACGGACAAUGACGACAUACAUAACACAAACCGACUCAGAAAGCAACUUGCUAAAACAGACCUAUCGUUACCACUUGCUCCCAACCGACUAUAUGUUUUCUUGUUUUUUUAAUUAAAAGCAUGUUUAAUUCCACUAGGUUAUAGCUAAGAUUUUUUGAAGUUAAAGUAUUACAACUAUAGAGAAGACGAAUAUACUGCAUUCUCAACCACUUGGUAGGCCAAUAAAUAAAAAAAUAAAAGUAAUGAAAAAAUUGCUGAAAUACCAAACAAUAGCGAUUGGUUUAACAGAUCAGCAAAAUGAAAUUUUUAAUCUUAUAAACAAGUAAUUUGGUCCUUCGCGGAGAGUGAAGUUGAUGUUUUGUAUACAUAUAAAUAUGAAAAUGCGAUAAAAUUAAUUUGCAUAAAUGUAAAAAAAAAAAUAAACUGGUUUUAAUGGAACAAUAAAAAAGCAAAUGGUUGAUUUAUAAAUAAAACAAAAAUGAUUUUGAUAUGAAAAUCCUA